AUGAAUUUCUUUAGUUGCUGCUAUUCUACUGUAGGAUACUCUUAAGAAUGUCUUCAUCAGAUCGAUAAGGCAAUUGGAAAUAUUAAGAACUCUCAUAAAGCUAUUUCUUUCAUAGCAGUAAUGCAAAUUGCAAGCAAUAAUAAGGCUUCGAUAGUAUAGUAUCAAUAUAAUCACUUGGCAGGCAUUUCAUCAUAAGUCAAGAAUGGAUCCUAAAACUCUUAGAAUUAGUCAUCCGUCUCUCAAAUAAAAGAGAGAGUAGAAAAGGUACUUGAACGGGUAGUUUCAUUUAAGAUAGCAUAGAGGAAAAUCGCAAAGGAAAUGGGCUUUGACAGUAGCAAAGAAGUAUUUCUCAAAGGAGAACAAAGCGUAGUCAUACUAUAUGAAAUUUCAAAUGAACAUUGUCUCAUUAUUUUCUUCGAAAUGAAUGCUCUGAAAACUGAGUUCUUUGAUUGCGAAACUUUUAUUACUACAAUUGAUGAUUUAGUUGUGAGUCUUAUUGAAGCUUUGAACUAUGAUUAGGCGCUGGACAGUGUGCAAAAUGAACAGAACAACAAAAUUAAUGAUCAAGGAAACUGA